CUUCUGCAGAAGCCGCAGACUCCUCAAAAUGGGCCAAAAACGAAAGCGAUUGGCUCAUGAUACUUCUGCCGCUGUAUCUACACCAAAGAAACAGCAAAAAACAAAUCCGCAGACAAAAAAACCAGCUCCCAAACCCGCAGUUGUGCCUCUACAACUCGAUACCUCUCCAUUUGUUGACAAUCCGAAAGGCGCGGAGUUGAAGCGCGAGGUUGAAUUAUACGACCUGCUAAGCAGCGAAGAUGACGCACAACGACUGGAUGCUGCUAUUGCCAUAGUGUCGGGUCUUUUGGACGGAGAUGGAGUCGAGGAAUCUACACUACAGCGACAUCUUGAGAGGAGGUUAUUUCGGGGACUGGCCAGUGGUAGGAAAGCCGCAAGAUUAGGAUUCAGCGUGGCAUUGACAGAAAUUCUGGAUCAACUCUACGGCACGAAAGACAUUGCAGCGCAGAAGUACCCAGGCUUGACCUUCGACAAAGUUCUAGGGUUCUUGGUUGCAAAGACAAAACCCGAUGGUGACUUGAGCGGGCAAGAAGAAAAGGAUCACCACCUCGGUCUGCUGUUCGGUCUGGAGAGCUUUGUGGGGGCGAAAAUUCUGUUCGGAGAUGAUCAGAGGUGGAACACUGUUCUCCGGAAAUUGCUCGAGCUUGCGAAGAAGAAACCAUGGACCAGGGAACAAUGCGGGUGGGCGAUUAUGAAGGCUCUGCCGCAGAUGAGCCAGGUCCAGGCCGAAUAUACUUUGGUGGAACUUCACGAUGCGGGGCUGGCUCUGUCACCCGAGGGGGUCGGCAUAUGGCUUUCAGCCAGGAGUCGUUUCCCAGACAUGAAAUUCCCCAGCAAGCCUUGGGGCCAGAGUGGUAAUCCGUUAGAGCAUCUAAAAGCUCUCGGGAAGGCUCUAAAGGAAAGUUCAUCCAACGAAGAAUCUCAGCAAGCAAAGCAGACUGGUAAUUGGAACGCAAAGCUUCAUUUCGUGUGGGAGGUGGUAUUGGCGGAGUACGCUGCGGCUGCGAAGAGCAAAACCCACAAUGUCAAAUCGGAUUUUGAGAAUUUCUGGAAGGUGACAGUAGACGAAAAUCUUUUCUCUUCGACAGCUUCCAGAGAACGCAAAUUCUGGGGUUUUUUAUUAUUCCAAAAAAUAAUCGACGAUGCAGAAUCAUUCAAUAAGCUGUUACCAAGUGUAUUCAGCCACAAUCUUGUUCGCUGUCUCAUUAAUCAUGUUCAGGAGGAGGAUCGUUUCCUUCAUCGCGCGGCAGACAAAUCUCUAAAAGUUCUCAUCCAAGCUGCUGAAGCGAAACCAAAACUUUUGGAAACUUUCCUACCUCAGCUGAUCAGUGGCAAUGGAAACUACAACUUUGAUCGUAUUACCAAAACCAAAACAAUAGAUCGAUUGCUUACCUUGGUCAAUGGAAAGACUGCCGCAUCUGUCAUCAAAAUCUUGGUUCAACCUGCACAAUCCAUUACUGGCGAUUCAGACAACGCGAAAGAGGCCGAGUUGCGCAGACAACUGCUAGGCGAUUACUUGUUGAAUAUCAUUCGUAAAGCCUAUGUUGCCGACGAGUCAGGCAGCAUUGACUGGAUAUCAGAGAGAGCUUUGCCCACCUUAUCUCGAUUCGCCUACAGAGAAGAUGAAGAAUGCCAGCCUCCAUUAUCCGAAAAGACUCGAACAUUGUUCCGAAAUCGACUAAUGUCAGCCUUCGGACAUUUGCUGUCCGACAUCAAGGGAUACAGCUAUCCCUGCGACUUAGUGCUGUCGUUUGCUCCAGAUGCCGUCCAGAUGGAUUCCGAGAUUUCGGCUGCGAAGGACACCGCGAUAUCGGCAAUGGAGAAGAUCCUAAAGAAGGUCAAGAAAGCAGAUGUUGAUGGCAAAGCUCCAUUACAAGCCUUGUCCUUGCUAUACUCUCUUGUCCUGUUCCAGCUAUACAACGGCGAGGCCGAGGCGGUAUCAAUUUUGGACGAGUUAAAGCUUUGCUAUGACAAACUCAUCCGACGCAAAGAUGUUGACGACUCUGAUGUAGAUGCUUCUGAGGUUCUGGUCGAGCUUCUACUAUCCUUCAUUUCCAAACCUUCAGCGUUGCUACGGAAAGUGACGCUACAUGUAUUUGGAGCAUUUAUGUCUGAUAUGACUGCAGGUGGGUUAAAACUUAUGACAGAUGUCCUUGAAUCUGGUGAGAGUUUGAGAGGCCAGCAAGCGUUAUUUGAUCAAGAGUCAGAGGAUGGUGAAGCUAUGGAUGUAGACGAUGAUGAGCUCGACUCAGACGUCGAGGUCGUUGAUAUGGAUGCUGAUGAGGGUCAUCUGAAUGGACAUCUGAACGAGGAAGAGGAAUCGAAUGACGACGAAGAUGAGAGCGAAUCAGGGGACGAGGAAGAUCAAGAUGCUAAGAAACUGGACGAUGCCCUUGCUGCAGCUCUUGGAACGCACCGUCUGGACCAAGACGCUGAGGCGGAGUCAGACAGCGAUGCAGAUAUGACGGACUCGGAGAUGAUGGCCUUAGAUUCGAAAUUGGUUGAGAUAUUUUCGCAGCGAAAGAAGGUACCCAACAAGAAGCAAGAGCAAAAGGAUGCCAAAGAAACGAUGGUCAACUUCAAGACUCGAGUUCUUGACCUUCUGGACCUUUACGUCAAGAAGCAAGCUUCGAACCCUCUAGCUUUUGGUCUCUUGCUCCCUUUGCUGCAACUCAUGCGAACCACCAAGACGAAGCAGCUGGCUGAAAAAGCCCACAACAUCAUUAUGUCAUUUGCGAAGGCUGCGAAGAAGGGCGAGGAGAAUUCCGAAGUGAACCUAGCAGAGCAGAUCAAGCUUCUCAAGGCCAUCCACCUCGAAGCAUCCAAAGACCCAUCCCAUCUUUUCGCCAAAGCAGCGAGCACUGCCAGCUUGCUUGUCGCUUCGAGUAUAUAUCGAGUCGACAAGGGGAAUUUCAAGAAGAUUGCUAAUGUAUAUCGGGAUUCUCAGGUUGCGUGGGUGGAUGGUAAUGUGAAGAUGCAGGCAGCGUUCUUCUCUGAAUUUGUCAAUUGGUGUCAGAGUCACGCCAACUCAUAGAUGUCAAUAGUAAAUAGCACAAAUUUCCUCACGGUAUAAUCAAGAAACAACCUCAAAAGGCGUUCU